AAAUCGCUUUUAUUUACACGCGCCAAAUCCAAACAUGUCGGUGCGAAGCAAAACAAAUAGCUGUCAAAUAACAUUUUAAAUAAAUCUCACUGAUCUACACAAGCUUUGUCAUUGCUUUUACAUGUGAGUUGUAUAGAAACAAUAACAGAGAGUUGUCACUUCCAGAUAUCGACGCUGAAGGAUGCAGAAUUUGGAUGUGUGCGGCAAAACUUCUGGGAAAGUUUGGCACAGAAAGCCAACUCCGUCAACAGAUAAUGGGUUGAUGGUGAAUAUAAGCCACACAUCGGCUUGUACUAUCUCGAAGGGCCGUACUGUACGGUUUAUGCAUUCAGCAUUUGACAGCACCGGAGAGAAUUUCCUGGCUGGUGAUCAUCAAGGGAAUGUCUUUAUGUUUGAUCUUGCCAAAAACAGGUUUUCACUUGUACAGAAGUGUGGAUACCCAUGCACAGCCAUCGCAUUUUGUUUGAGGAAGAAGUCAGAAUUCCUUAUUGGCCUCUCUGAUUAUUCACUCAAAUGUUUUGACACAGAUACCAAGGAGAUGGUUGCAUGGAUGAAAGGUCAUGAAUCAGCAAUACAUAGUAUAUCUGUACAUGCCUCGGGACGUUACGCACUGACCACCUCAGCAGAUAAUGCCCAACUCUGGGACCUAGAUACAUUCCAGAGAAAAAGAAAACUGUCAAUAAAGGAAGAUGUAGGCAUUGUACAGGUAUUUUUCCUGCCUCUGAGUAACACUAUAAUCACUGGAUUCCGGGAUGAUACAAUAUUUGCAUGGGAGUCAGAUACGCUCAGCUGUAAGUUCCAGCUACCAACACCACCCGGCAAGUCACCACAUUACAAAGCCUUUGCAGCUACCAGGGAUGGUAGAAUACUGGCUGCGGGAGGACGAUCUAGAUUUAUACAUCUUUGGGCACUUGACACUAGAAAACUGCUGAGAAUUGUUGAAAUGCCAGAAAAAGUCACUUCUGUAAAACAAGUUCUCUUCCUUCCUGAAAACUUUGAUGGCGGAGCUAGUCAGGUUCUAGGUGUGUUGUGUCAGGAUGGAAUAGCAAGAUUUAUCAACAUACACUCAUGUAAAUUAUUGUUUGAUAUGGGAGAAAUAUCUAACAAAAUCAACAACAUCUCCAUCAGUCCCAACGGCCGGUACGUUGUCACAGUGAAUGAGGAUGGAACCAUGGGAAUUUAUAACCUUCAGACAUUGAGUGCCGAGAUAAAUAAGCCACCAGCACCUCUAGUUAAAGUAGUCACCAACAACAAAUUGUCUGAUACGGUCUCUACUGAUAAAUCAUACACAUCAGCAUCAAGUAAGGGCUCAAGAAAAGGACGCCGCCCACUCUCAGCCCCAGCUAGAGGGAAAGAAAAUAGGUCAAGGCCACAGGAGGAUGACACUGGUGAGAGGGAGUUACCAGAGGGCCUCAACAUGGAAAGAUUACAGGCUAUACUGAAAGGCUACUAUGAAUAUCCAGCCAAAUAUAGGAUGUUUAUAUGGCGGUCUAUAUUACGGUUGCCAGAGAACCAUGCUGCCUAUGCCGCCUUGGUUGACAAAGGUACACAUCCAACAUUUGAGAAGUUAAAUGAAGAAUAUCCAAUCAAAAGUCGACGUCUGCUCAGGAUACUACAAAGAAUACUGUCAGCUUUGGCAAACUGGUCACCGAUAUUUGGUGAAACACAGUAUCUACCAGUGCUAGCCUUUCCAUUUGUGAAACUGUUCCAGAAUAACCACCUUGUCUGCUUUGAGAUUAUUGCCAGUAUACUCGUGAACUACUCACAGCAUUGGUUUGAGUAUUUCCCAAACCCGCCCAUCAAUAUCCUUGGAAUGAUAGAAAAUGUAAUUGGACACCAUGAUAGAUAUCUGCUUCAACAUUUUGUAAAAUACAAUGUCACUUCACAGAUAUAUGCCUGGCCCCUUCUAGAGACACUGUUUUCUGAGGUGCUGACGAGGGAAGAAUGGAUGAUGUUGUUUGACAACGUGUUCAGUAACCACCCAUCCUUCUUGUUGAUGGUAGUUGCAGCUUACGCCAUGUGCGCACGGGGACCACUCAUGCAGUGUGUUGAACUUGAUGAUUUCAAAUAUUUUUUCCAUCAUCGUAAUGCAGUAGAUAUGAAGCAAGUCCUGAAAGAGGCUUACAGGAUAAAUAAUGCCACACCAGAGUCGAUCCACCCCAGAAAGACACUAGAAGAGUAUAAGCCACUUACCAAAGGACAGUACCCUGUGUUUAACAAAUAUCCCAAGUUUAUUGUUGAUUAUCAGGUACAAGAGAGAGAAAGAAUACGACUUGAAGAGUUAGACUAUCUCAGACAAAGGCAGGUAUCCAUGGAUAUGGAGCGAGAAACUCAGAAACGGCAACAAGAAGAGGAGGCCUGGUACCGGCAACAGAAACUGCUGCUUGAAGCCGAGGAUAAACGUCGGAAAAUGAUACAUGACGAGGAGCAGAAACUGACAGAUCAAAGAAAAAGGUUAAAUGCAAUGAACCGAGAAGUAAAGUUUAAGGAGUUACAGUUAUUGGAUGCUGCAAGACGGAAGUUUCUUCACUUCCAAAAAUCUCAACGUGAAGCUGAACUGAAAAGAUUGGACGACGAGGUUCAAAGAAAGGCAUUAUUACGUGACCAGGAGACAGAGGCGGCCAUUGAAGAAGCAGAGAUACGCAACAUGGAACUACAAUUGAAAAAGAAAAUGUUUGAACAGGAAUUGUUCCGAGAAUAUGCCACAUCAUCACAUCAUCUUCGCACAGAGCAGGAUAUGCACCGUAAACAAGCGGAACUUGAAGAUAGAAUACAACAGAGAUUGAAAGAUGCAGAGCGAGAAAGAGAAAUGGAAGCUCGCAAGACAAUGGAGGAGAACCUAGCUCGAGCGUCACAGAAGAACAUAGAUGUAUGGGCGGGGAAUGAAAUGGAGUACAGACAUAGACUGGAAGAUCUUCAACGUGAGGUCAAAACAGUACAAUUGACAAGAAUCAAUGCAGAGAACCGUGGCCUGGAACAGGAGGUCCAUAACUUGAUGAGAAAAUGCCAGGAUAGAAGAUUGGAGGAGCAUGCUAAUGGUGAAGAAGAACGCGAUACUCAGCGUAAACUUUCAGACGAGGCCAAUGCUCGGAGACUGGACUUUGUUGCGGAGGAGGCGGAGCUAGCUCAGGCACAUGGCAGAGAUCUGACAGAGGAUGCUAUAGAUAGUACCUACAGAUCACGAUUAGGUCAGUCAUAUCUAGAAGGAACAACAAGAUCAGAAUUGUUGAAAUCAUUUGAAUCACUGUCAACAGCAGAUACUGAUUCCAUGGCCUCUUCAAUUUCCCUAGAGACAAAGCGACGAGGAUUUGAUGAAAGAGAAAUUAGUUUGCUAAAUGAAGUAAGAAGAUUACGACAAAAGUUAGCCACAGAAAGUCGAUCUCGGAAACCACCUCCUCUUGUCAGCUGCGACGCUUAGUUCUUGUAUAAAUGACCUAUUUAAAUAAUUGUUAGAUUGACUUAAAAUACAAAGUAUAGUUUAUGGAAUGUAAUAUACCUUGUCAGUUUAGCCAAAAAAUUGGAUAGUUUAAAGGGAUGUAUAUAUGAAAGAUUUUGUACAUGUGAUAGAAGUAUGUACAAUUAGUGACAUUAUUCUGUGAUAACUGUGAUAAAAUGUUCGAUUGAAAUGUUGUAUAUUGAAAUAUAUUGGUACCUACCAUACAGGUGUAUACUUCUGUGUUAGUCUGGACAAACACGUUGACUUUGAACUUGUAUUAUAAUCUGUGUAAUUUUUUUUGUGUAAAAGGACAAUUAGCGUCCAUUUUGUGUUGGUAAUAUUAAUUACACAUUCUGUGCAGUCCACUUUCCUAAGAAUCUCUAUAUUGUAUAAGUAUUAUACAAAAUUUCAAUGUGUCAUGAAACACGGUGCUUGUACUUUUGAGAAGCCAGUGAUGUAUGGUAAAAGAACCAAAGUUAUCAGAAACCGUUAUCUUUGUUUACUCAAAAUAUACCAUUUUGUUAGAACAGUUUAAUGUUGGUAUAUUGGUUAUACUUUCUAUAUGUUUACAGAAGUAACAGAAAAUGAUAGUACUUGUCUGUAAUUCGAGUCAGUAGAGUAUGGUUUUGAUUGAAAUACGGUGGGUGACUUCUGUAGUUAUGUGGAAAUCUAGAUCAAUUAAAAAAAUGUUCAUCUAUGGUAAUAAAACUUCAUCAUAGAAAAUUCUUGUUAAUACUGUAGUUGCCACAUUUACUACCUGAUCUACAUGAAACCAUGUUAGAAUGUUUGACGUAUUGAAAUAUAGUUAAAACUGGAAGCUGGAUCAUCUGGAAAAAACUAAGUAAGCUGGUAUAUAUUUCAUGUGUUACGAUGGCAUCAACUGUACAUGGUUAACUUCACUAGAUUAUUGGAUCAUGUCAAUAUUAUAUGUUUUUAUACUGCACUUUGUCUACAGGCAUUUAUUUCAAUAGAUUUUCAUAUGUAUGUACAAUGCUAGAAAACUUAAAAUGUCCAAAUAAAAAUCAAGUAAAGAGUUUA